AUGACCAGGAAUCCAAAAGAUGUCGAGCACGGUCAGAUCCAGCUCAAGACCAAACCGUCCUCAAACCUCCACUACAGCUUCAUGCCAGGGGACUUGCAUAGUAAAAUAUUGGUCGUGUUUCUGAACGGCCUCAUCUUACCGCAGUCAUCGUGGGAAGAGACAAUUCUUCAAACAAAGCUCAAGACGCAAAAGGCCGGUGCAACACGACCACAUCUAUUAUCCUACGAUCGAUAUGGACAAGGUCUUUCCGACAAAGAUCCGAAUGGUGAUCAUGAUAUGUUGGAUGCUGUUCAUGACCUCCAUGAUUUCCUCGUCGAAUCCAGCGAGAAGAAACUUGACUUCAAUCUAUUCUCUGCACCUGGGCAAUUGAUCUUCGUAUGUAAUUCCAUCGGUUGCGCAAUAGCACGAUUAUUCGCUACCGAGUAUCCUGGCAAGGUCUCUGGCUUCCUGUUCUUAGAUUCGAUCAUGGCACACGUUGAUCUGGUGGAACUUUGGCCUAAUCCUGAUGCUCCUGGUUUUGAGGAGAGCGAGUUGCCUGCAGGUACAACAGUGGAUCAACUGCGCAGCGUGAGACAGAGCUACCGGCAGCGAUUCCACGCCUCCGUGCCUAAUCCUGAAGGACUGAAUAGGCAGACGCUCAGUACACUGUUGCCACACGCGGACUCCCCGAAGCUAGAAGGAGCCCCUAUGAUUACAGUGAUCGGUCACGACUGGGACAGAUUUGCCGAGGAGAAUGAGAAAAGUUUUGGUGUGCCCAAAGUGCUUGUUAUGAGAUACGUCAAUCCAGUCUGGCACGAGUAUAAUAACAACCUUGCCACACUGACCAAAAGUGACAAGAGUAGGGGUCCGAUCAUCGCUGAAGGAUGUGGUCAUUUCAUCCAGAAAGACGAUCCCGUGUUCGUUGCCGAUGAGGUGUGCAAACUUCUACAAAGACUUGGUUUGUGA